AUGGAACUGUUGUUGCUGGAACGGGAACUAUGGGAUAUCAUCGUUCAAGAAGUGCCAAGUGCUCCUGAUGCGAAGUGGUUAAUUCGCGACGGAAAAGCAAGGGCAACUAUCGGUUUAGCGGUGGAAGAAUCUCAAAAAGUACAUAUCAAGAAGCUUAAGACAGCUAAGGAAUUUUGGAAUGUUUUAAAGAAGCACCAUGAAAAGUCAAAUUUAACAAAUAAAGUAAGUCUUCUACGCCAACUGUCAACAAAGAGAAUGCAAGGAGGUCAAGCGAUGGAAGAACACAUCACAGAAUUUAUGGAUAUUGUGGAUCGUUUAAAUGACCUUGGUGAGGAAAUUGGUGAGCACAAAACGGUGGCAUUUUUGCUUGGGAGCCUGCCGGAGGAAUACAAUUCGUUGGUUUCAUCGUUGGAAAUGCGUCCAGAGAAUGAUUUAACCGUGGAUUUGGUAAAAGAAAAACUGCUUCAAGAAUUUACACGGAAAUCUGAAGUUGCUCCAAUGGCUGAUACUGUUUUUAAAACGCAAAAGAAAUUCAAGCCAAAAUGUUUUUCAUGUGACUGUCGUCGUCACAAAGGUAGUGAUUUAAUUGAAGUUGAAAGAACGUCGGAGAAUAUGGUUAAUGUACCCUCGGAAGUUUCAAAUUCUGAUAUGAAAAAUGAAGGCAUAUCAAGUGGAGAAGAGGAAGACGAGUUUUGUGGUUUUGAGUCUGCAGAUGAAAUAAAUUCUACGUCAUCUUCUGAUGAAUCGCAACGAGAAGAAGUUCUUGAAAAUGUUACAUCAAAUCACAAUGCUGAGAGUCGCAACGAGAGCAAACAAAAAUGUACCGCCUAA